UAUACUGAUAUACAGUUGAAGUCAGAAGUUUACAUACACCUUAGCCAAAUACAUUUAAACUCAGUUUUUCGCAAUUCCUGACAUUUAAUUGUAGAAAACAUUCCCUGUCUUAGGUCAGUUAGGAUCACUACUUUCUUUUAAGAAUGUGAAAUGUCAGAAUAACUGUAGAGAGUGAUUUAUUUAAGCUUGUAUUUCUUUCAUCACAUUCCCAGUGGAUAAGAAGUUUACAUACACUUUGUUAGUAUUUGGUAGCAUUGCCUUUAAAUUGUUGAACUUGGGUCAAACGUUUUGGGUAGCUUUCCACAAGCUUCUCACAAUACAUUGCUGGAAUUUUGGCCCAUUCCUCCAGACAGAACUGCUGUAACUGAGUCAGGUUUGUAGGCCUCCUUGCUCGCACACGCUUUUUCAGUUCUGCCCACAAAUUUUCAAUUGGAUUGAGGUCAGGGCUUUGUGAUGGCCACUCCAAUACCUUGACUUUGUUGUCCUUAAGCCAUUUUGCCAUAACUUCGGAGGUAUGCUUGGGGUCGUUGUCCAUUUGGAAGAUCCAGUUAUGACCGAGGUUUAGCUUCCUGGCUAAUGUCUUGAGAUGUUGCUUCAAUAUAUCUACAUCAUUUUCCUUCCUCAUGAUGCCAUCUAUUUUGUGAAGUGUACCAGUCCCUCCUGCAGCAAAGCACCCCACAACAUGAUGCUUCCACCCCCAUGCUUCACAGUUGGGAUGGUGUUCUUUGGCUUGCAAGCCUCACCCUUUCUCCUCCAAACAUAAUGAUGGUCAUUAUGGCCAAACAGUUAAAUUUUUGUUUCAUUAGACCAGAGAACAUUUCUCCAGAAAGUAAUAUCUUUGUCCCCAUGUGCACUUGCAUGCUGUUGUCUGGCUUUUUGAUGGCAGUUUUGGAGCAUUGGCUUCUUCCUUGCUGAGCAGCCUUUCAGGUUAUGUCGACAUAGGACUCGUUUUACUGUGGAUAUAGAUAUUUGUCUAACUGUUUCCUCCAGCAUCUUCACAAGGCCCUUUGCUGCUGUUCUGGGAUUGAUUUGCUCUUUUUGCACCAAACUACGUUAAUCUCUAGGAGACAGAAUUCGUCUCCUUCCUGAGCGGUCAGAUGGCUGUGUGGUCCCAUGGUGUUUAUACUUUGGAAAUUGCUCCCAAGGAUGAACCAGACUUGUGGAUGUCCACAAUCUUUUUUUCUGAGGUCUUGGCAGAUUUCUAUUGAUUUUCCCAUGAUGUCAAGCAAAAAGACACUGAGUUUGAAGGUUCCAUCCCUGAAUGAUGUUCCCAUGCACUACCUCAAGCCCAAUAGCUUUGUGAAAUUCCGCUGCAUUGUCCAGGAUAUGUUUGAUCCAGAAUUUUUCAUGGGGGUUUAUGAGAUGAAUGAUCCCACAUCAAACUCAAAACUGUUGAAAUGUGGAAAGUACAAAGAUGUAACAGAGUGUGGGGUGGACUUUAACUCAAGAAACACAGUGACAUCAGAGAGACAGACCUUCUAUUGUGUCCCCAUCCCAGGAGAAUCUCAAUGGGUGAAGGAAAGCUAUGCAGGCACUAGUCAGGCACGAGUGGUGCCUUCCACAUCUUAUGCCCCGAAUCGGCAUAAACGCAGCUAUGAGGAGGAUGAUGAGAUGGACACGCAGCCACAACUGAUGAAAGAUCUUAACCAAGGAGCUCAGAGUUCUGCAGAUUCUCAUGGCAACAUGGAGCCAAAGCGUCAGGAGACAGAAGCCCCCAAUCAGAACUCGUCCACUUCAUGCUGCACCUCCAAUCUGGAUCUGAACUUCCCUUUGCCUGGGGAGAAAGGCCCUGCCUGCCUUGUUAAGGUAUAUGAGGAAUGGGACAGUUUCAAACUGAAUGAAAUGUUAGAAGUAUUUGGCAUUCUCUCUGUGGACCCUGCAUUGAGCAUGAUUGCAGAUGAGAGAGAGGUAUCUUCACUGUUGGAUCCCACAGAAGGCAUGGAGACUGUAGAGGAGCAAAGAGUUCACAGCCCACCAGCGUCCCUUGUACCACGAGUGCACAUGUUAUAUGCCCAGCCCCUACUACACAACAACCCAUUACUGCCCCCUGGUACCUUGGAGGAUAACGGAGACUAUUUAAACAGUGUUCUUGGAGAACUGGCUGCAGUCAGAGCAGAGCUGCUCACCUACCUCACACAUGUCCUGCUGGGGGAUUCACUCGCUGCAGAGUAUCUCAUUCUCCAUCUCGUCUCCAAAGUAUAUAGCAGACGUGAUGUUCUUCCUUUGGGCAAAUUUACUCUAAAUCUGAGUGGUUGUCCGCAUAGCACUCAGUACACGGACCAUCUCUACAAGGUCAUCCAACAGCUUGUGCCAUCUUCAUACCGAUUAUGCAUGAGCUUGCAUAAUAUGAAUAACCAGCACAUGGUGCCAAGGAAAGACUACACAGCUAACCGCCUGGUGAGUGGGACUCUUCAGCUGGCCAAUAACACAUCCCUGUUUCUGGAUGAGACACAGCUGGAACAGGGCCAACUUAACACCACAGGUGUGCAGAAUAUUACUGCACUGGGGAACUUGAUCUCCUGGCAGAAGGUUGAUUACGACUUCAACUACCACCAGAUGGAAUUCCCCUGCAAUAUUAACGUGCUUAUCGCAUCCGAGGGCCAAUCCCUCCUCCCGUCUGACUGUCAAGUCCACCUCCGGCCCACACUGAAUCCACCUAACCUUGAGGAGUACCUGAGUGCAGUGCAGGUAGCACAGAUUCCACCUCAACUAAACAAAUAUCGCAUCUACCUGAGCGUAGCACGUGCCCUGAACUACACCAUCUCUGAUGAGAUCACAAAGGCAGUGGAAGAAGACUUUGUAGACAUGCGUAAAGAUGACCCACAGAGUAUGUCUGCAGAAGAUCUUCAUAGAUUGCUGGUAGUUGCGAGAUUGCUGUCAUUAAGUCAUGGGCAGAACACACUUUCUAGAGAUGGCUGGAUGAAAGCCAAGCAGCUGGAGGCCUUGAGAAUAAGUAGAACACAACAGCAGAAAUGUAUGAAUGGAAAUGAGCCUUAAAAUAUUUUACUUAUUGCAAAUACUUAAAGAAUCACCAUACUUAGUUAAUAUGUUGGUUUAAAGUUUUCAUACACUUUUUUUUUUUUUUUUUUUUUUUUGUACAGCUCAAAUUUUUUUACUUAAUUUUAAACAUUUGGGGAAAACUUGCAGACACUGGUGAAGUACAUUUUUGCAUUGUGGAAUUUAGUUUUUGAUAAAUCUGAAAACAUUUGAAUCGUAUGUUAACAUUUUAUAAGCAAAUGCAAAUGUAUGUCAAAGUAUAACUGCCUUACCGCAAAUAUUUACACUUUUUGCACUUCUGGGUAUAAAAAAAAUUACGUUUUGUUAACCAAGUAAUACAUCUUUCUCUCUCUCUGCGUGCGUGCGUGCGUGUGUGUGUCAGCAUAACAGUAACAAUAUGUAUAUAUUAUCCUUUGGAAGCCUUGUCAUUCUCCCAAAUUCGUAAACCAUCCAAGUGCAUGAUUUCAUUGUAAAAGAUGGCAAAGGCCUUACUACAAAGACACUGCCCAUGCUGACAUGUUAAUGUGGUAUUUGUUUUGCAUGGCAACACCCAAGCAUUCUUCUCUGUUCAGUUUUGCAUUCCAUCGACUGACUAUGGAAGCCACAAACUUAUCACACAACAUAUGAAUGUAAAACAUCUAUUACAAUUUAUCCCAGGGCUAUUAAGAGGGAAGAAAACAAAUUCUGUAAUUGUAAGACCUACAGUUACUUAAAAAGGAAAACGUUGUUUCAAAUGUGAAAAUUAUGCUGUUAAAGGAAGCAUAUAUUCUAUUAAUUCAAUCAUCAAUGUUCAGGUGCUAAUCAAAACUGUAAACGAAUCAAAUGACAACAUUUCUUUGAAUUAUUUACUUAAAAAUCCUCCCAGAUACAUCCCAUUACAUUUUAAAAUACAGCAGUUUACACAAUAGUUAAGUUUUUUUUAACAUAGGAAAAUACUGGGGAACAAGCAUGUGAAUGUUUAAAAAAAAUAAAAUAAAAUACUCUGCAAUAAAAACCUGGGUAACAUAGAUGGAAACAAUACGUUUAUGAAAAAUGCUGGAAAUGAGUGCUUGAUGUGAAAGUCUUGGACACAUUCAAAAACAAAAGACAGUAAGAUAAAGUAAUACAAAAUGAGAUGUCAGUUCAGUUACAAAAAUGAAAAUAAAACGUAAAUUCAAAAGCACUUUUAUGAUGUUUAGGGAACAACAAGGGACACACAGGGACAGUGCAACUUUUUAUGCAUAGAAAAUGAAAAAUACAUACAUGAUCAAACAAUCUACCCCACACCCGAAACGAGAAAUGUUUAUAAGUACUACUGAUCCAAGAAAUCGCAGCAUAAACCUCUGCCAAUGAAUAAAGUUUCAAGUUCAAAGCAAAGAAAAGGGUGCAGUCUAGUGCACGCUGUCUUAAACAGUAAAAAAAAAAAAGUCGGCUUACUGCCAAAACCCUAUACUGUAUCAGUAUUGCAUAACAGCCACCAUAUAUUAAAGCUCAAGACGGUUCCUAUCUUGGAAGGUAAUUAAAACAAUGUACCGGCUUCAGGAAUGUUUGCAUGUGUAUGCAUUUCAACAGCAUUGUGUAACCCACUGCCUUGCAUGGUACACAAGAGUAUAUGCUAUAGUACAUGUGAGGGAGAAAGAUGAGAAGGUACAGAAAUUACCUGUGUGAAAUGGAAUGUCAGAAAAAGUAACUGUGGCCCUAAGAGCUGAUAAGCCACCCACAGAAGCCUUUAUUAUCUUCAUAAUCAUAAUUCCUGGCUUGGACAUGAGAUCACAGUGUCUUAGGCAGGCCUUUUGAUAUCAACUAUUCUUGUAACCUUAAUACCCAAACAUCAAUAAAACCCCAAUCCCACAGGAUGUGCAUUUUAAUUCCGUUAAUUAAUGCAUAAUUAAACUAGGAUUCCCUGGACACCAUCCAGACAGGCUUUGUUCUUCCUGCAACAAGAAUAUAUGAGGUAAGGCAGUCUCAAAUGAUGAUCUAAUCUGAAUCACUUCCCUAUUUUUUAACAACGACCUUCAGGUCAGAGAGAAUCUGUAAAUGAUUAUCUAAAGACAUGGCAUAAAUGCAUACUAUCUACACUGCAGACAAAAAAAUAUAUCCUGAAUGAGUUGAAUGAACAUAUCAGUAAUAUGAAGAUAGACUUGUCAGAAAUCUGAAUUUAAUAUUCUGGUAUGGCUUGCUCUUGCCAUGUAUGAGUCCACCACAUACAACUGAAAAUAUUAAAGUAAUAUUUUAAGACAA